CCCACCCUGCAUAUGGUCAUCGAGGCACUGCAGGCCCAGGAUGAGAGGAAGGGCACCUCCGUCAUUGCCAUCAAGCGGUUCAUCCUGGCUAAGUACCCUGCUGUGGACCCCGUCCGCCUCAAGUACCUGCUGAAGCAGGCGCUGAGCAAGGGGCUGAGCCGUGGGGACCUGGUGCUGCCACACAACGCCUCUGCCGUGGCCCGGGCCCCCGGCAAAGGGCGUUCAGGGCCCCCCGUGGCUCCGGCUGCUGAGGAUGCAGGAGGGGGUGAUGGCGACAGCCCCGCGGGUGCUGAGGCAAAGGGGCCCCGAAAGGCCCCAGUGGGAAAGAGCAAGGGGAAGGCACCCAAGGGGGCACAGCAAGAUGCCUCCAAGGCGAAGGGGGGUCAAGGCAAGGCGAGGAAGCCCCGGGCUGCCCAGGGAGCUGGCCAGGGGGAGGCCAGGCUGCGGAAGGCAGCCCCCACCCCAGCAGGCAGGAAGGCCCCAUAG